UGAAAACAAACUUUGAAUCGUAAACAACUUUUAAUCUCAAACCGAAAAUUAAAAUAAAAAACAAUUACAUAAAAAAUAAUUAUGAGAAAUUUACAAUUAUUACUAAUAUCGGUGGUAAUAUUUGCCCUAACAACCCGAGCAUCUGUGAUACGUCCUGAUGUAGAAGAUUUCGACGAUAGUGUUGAUUCGUUCGAAAACGCUGUAAAAGAUGACAAUGAUGGUGGCGAUAAUUUUGAAGAUAUUGACGAUCCCGAAAACCUACCAAUAGCUUCCAUAAAAUCACGAGCUAUAGCCAUGGAUAGGGAAUUGUGUCGUGAAUUAUCCCGCUAUCAUCCCCAUUACCCACGUUGUCAAUUGUAUUGUGAGAAAUUAAAUCACUGGGUAGGAAUGUGUCGUCGUGAUAGUUGUCAUUGCUACUCUUAAAUUAAAUUUUAAGAAAAAUAAAAAAUUAUAAAAUGCACAAAUACUCGUACAUAUAUACAUACAUACUUAAUUAUUGUUUAACAAUGAAAAUAUAUUUUUUCAUAAUUAUUUAAGUAAACAAAAACUUACAUUGUUUUCUUUUAAUUUCUUUUUAUAAUUUGAACACAAAAAUGUUAACGUGGAAAUCAACGAAAUUAAAACAAUGUUGCCUAAAUGUUGUUGAAGACACCCAAGGCAACAACACAAAAAAAUUAAAUUAAAACUGUAUAUUUUGACAAGUU